AUGCCGGAUCCAUUACAAGUCCUGCCAGCCGAGGUUGUUCUCCGCUGCAUUGAAUUUACUCCUCUAUCUGGCAUUGCAGCGCUAAACUGCACCACAAAAGCCUGGCACGGGUUCCUGCAUACCACACACCAGGAUGCGGUAUACUCGUCACAAGCGCAUCAGCUCUACAAUCAACACCCACGGAGCGACCGUGAAGUCACACAACUCGGUCGUGAUGUCAAGAUAUUUGGCGAAUCCCGCUGCGACAAGAGUUUCGUUCAAUACUUGCGCGGUGUGGAGAGCUGGAGGGACUUNUGCAAGCGACUGAUGUUGCUGGAGAAGAAUUGGUCGAGUAAAAGGCCGGUGGUAAGGGAGAGUGUGGUGCAGGUGGGCUAUGAUCCGGUGUGGCGCUUCAAGCCUGACUUUAAGAGGAGGUUCAUUGUUUCGACGAGCCAGUCAGGUGGAGUUUGUGUGACUGACAUGGAUGAUGGACGUAUGUUGUGGAGGCUGAGGAGGGAAGAUGUGCGCAUGUGUGCGCAUUUGGAAUACGAUCAAGAGUCUGGCACGGCAUGUUGGGAUCGUUUUGGCAAUGCGAUUGAAGUGUGGAAAGCUGAUGAGGUGGAAAGAGGAAGCUUCCAUCGCGUUGGUAUCCUCCAGCACGAUUGCGAGACUAGAGGGUUUCAACUCUCGCGCUUCGACGACAAGGAAACACUAUGUGUAGUGUCAUCCGAGGGCAAAGGAUUCGUUUGGGAUCUCUCCGUGCAUCCACCCCAACAGCAAAAAGUUCUGGAAAUCGAAAACGAGGCUGUGGGACAUCUGGAUCAGAGCAAGGAUGCUGUGUGCUACAGCAUGGGCCAACGAGGCUACCAUGUAUGCUCUAAAACCACCGGCGAAAUGAUAGGCAAACUCGACCCCAAGGACUGUCAAAACAUCUUCCAUAUCGCUCAUCCGCCCGCCCAGCCCAAUCUGACCAUGAACGCCACGAACCACGGACCCACAGUCUCCGUCAACCCACCCCAAAACCCACGCAAAGAUCGCCUCACACCGCUCAAACUAUACAAUGGACCUCAUCCAGUACCGCGCUCGCCACUGGCCAUCGAAAACGAUGAGUGGGGCUCAGGCAUCAUUUCAGGAGACCACAUGUGUGGUGUUUCUCGCGGCGGGCGUGUGUUCAUCUGCACAGAUUUCUUGGGUGCGUUAGCAUCAUCAGCACGUUUCGCAGAAACAACAGCAAUCCUACACACCGAAGGCGAUGGCUCGACCUUUGAACUCGGCGGCUGGCUAGGCAUAAAAAAUGGACGCUGUCUGUUCGAAAUCAUCGACAACAUCUAUAUCUUCACUUUACCUUCCUUCGCCCACAUUCCCUCGACAGGGGAUACCCAGAAACCCAUCUGGGCGACACCAAUCAGCUCGGCGCCUCAACUCGCAGUGCCAGUCAGUUUCAUGGGUAUCUAUGACGACUGCAUCAUGCACACAUAUACCACCCUCGGGUUUCGCAGUCCGCGCAGCAGGCGCGACUCUGACGACGACAAUCGUCCUGAGCGCACCCGCGCCUUUCCCACAAAAGCAAUUCGCAUAUUGAGUCUAGCACCAGACUUGUCCCGUCCGGGCAAGGAACUGUCCUAUAUUGAAGGCUUGGAGGUUCGCGAUAAAGUCCCUCGCGACAGUGCAAGCAGAAGCAGUCUUGCACUACCCAACCGCGGAGCAGCAAUGCAAGCAGGACUCUUGCAACUAAUGGCUCUUCUCACCAACAACAACGAAGACGACGAGUCCUCGGAAGAGGAAGAAGACUUUAUUCUAGACGAUGCAACAAGAGCAGACUUUUAUGCCUCACUCACCGAAGAAGAAAGACGAGAAUUAGAAGAAUCAGAAGCUAUGGAAGCGGCUCAAGAGUUGGAAGACCGACAGCAAAUAGCCGAGAUGAUGGGAUUUGAACACGACGAGGACGCAAUGGAAAUGUUGAGGUCUGAUGACGAGGACGAAGUUGCUGUGGGCAGGGCUCCCUAUGCACCUAGUCUUGAUGAUGAGAGUGAGGAUGAGGAGAGCGAUUGGGAGGACGAAGAGGACGAGAUAUAA